GAAGCAAAGAUGGUUAUAGACCAAGUAUCUUUCAUAACUAUUGUGACAAUAAAGGGCCAACACUUGCAGUCAUUAAAGUGAAGGGAACUGAAGAGAUCAUUGGAGGUUAUAAUCCACUAAACUGGAACAGAUCACAUCAAAGGCAUAUGCAUACACGUUACAGUUUUCUGUUUGCACUAAGAUCAGAACAGAAUGGUGGUAAUGUUUUCAGUACAUGCACAAAGACUGCCAGAGCUGUCAAUAGUAACUCAGCUUAUGGACCGAGUUUUGGUACAAGUGAUUUGGUUAUUACUCAGGGUUUUUCUACACUGGUUAAUACUGCAAUUCAGGAUGCAUAUAGCAAACCCAUUAGACAAGAUUCCCAUUUAUUUGCUGUAAAGGAGAUUGAAGUGUUUAGAAUCAGUUAG